GCCAUUUGCCACCCUCUCUCCUCUCACUUUCUCUGUCUUUACUGCUCCUUAAAGUUCUCGCACGCACGCUCUUCACAGCUCUCUGAGGCCUCUCCCUCUGCCUCUCUCGCAGCAAACCGUCGGCUCUUUCCUUCUCUGCUCUGUUCUUUCAUGGCGAACCCGGAGGGCAAGGGCGAGGUGAUGAAGCCGGAAAUAAAAUAUGUAGAAGAAACUUCAGAGCCCUCUCUCAAGUACAAGACAUCGGUCUUGAGAGUUUCCGUCCACUGUGAAGGCUGCAAGAGAAAAGUCAAGAAGGUUCUUCACAGCAUUGAAGGCGUUUACACUACAGAUAUCGACCUGAGGCAACAAAAAGUGACCGUGAACGGCAACGUCGAGGCAGAGACCUUGAUCAAGAAACUAGUAAAGACGGGCAAGCAUGCAGAGCUAUGGCCUGUAAAGCUCAAUUCAAAGGACAAAAAGCAGGGCAAGUCAAAGAACAAAGAGAAACGGAACGAUCCAGAAAGCAUCGACGAAUCUGAAGACGAUGGCGGUGGUUGUGGUGGUGGAGUUGAACUAAAAGAAGGCGACUCGGCCAAAGGCUUUGAACAUGGUGGUGGAACCAGCAAGAACAGCGAAGGCGGUGGCCCUGGCCACGGUGGGGGGACGCCGUUUAAGGGCAGCGUCACCGUCCAGGUGAAGGAGAUGAGGCCUGAGGGGAGGCAUGCGGUGGUGUCCUUUCCGGCCGGUAACCAUUCACCGACAGCGGCGGCUGAGAAUCCAGCUUUCGGAAACGGCGGCGGCGGCGGGGGCGGCGGGGGCGGCGGUGGCGGCAGCGGCGGCGGUAAGAAGAAGAAGAAAAAGAAAGGGAAUAAAGGGCACAGUAAUAACCCCGUUGGUGAUGAGAGUGAACAGCAUCCUUCCGGUGCACUCGCAGGCACUGUAUCGCCCAAGCACGGCCAAGUUCAAGUUCAAGUUCAAGGCCAACUGGGUCAAGGCCAAAUGGGUCAAUGCCCGAUGUUCUAUCCGGGAGAUCACAGCCCUCCACGCCAUGACGGGUACCAAUACCCGCCGCAUCACUACGUCCCUUCCGCGUACGCCGUCAGUUACCACACAGCGUAUCCGAGCGCCAGCUGCGGGGCGUCGUACUACGCCCCGCAGCCGCCGUCGUAUGCCUAUGAGUACGUGCAUCAUCCGGGGCUGGAAGUCGAGCGAGCGCCAUCUGAUCUUGACUCGUACUCUCGGCGCCCGUGCGAUACGUUCGAGCUGUUCAGCGAUGAGAAUCCCAAUGCUUGCUCCGUCAUGUGAUCACCAUAAUCUAGUGAAAAUGGAAGCAUUUGAAAGGUAUAUAUAUGUGUGGUGAUGGGUCAUCUGGACAUGCAAGAACUUAUGCUGCUUUGUGUAAGUUUAUGGAGUGUAACUUUUGCAAUGCAUGUAGGCACCCAGUGAAGGACCAUGUAAGUGGGUUGAAAGUAGAAGUGGACUCAAACUUUUGGGGUUGAAAUGAGUAUUUUUCUUAUGGCGAGGACCCACAAUUUAGCGUUCGGAUUUGUCAAGUACUUUUGGAUCUUUCAAGGUUGGUUGGUUGAUUUAUUAGU